AUGGAAGUAAUGGAAGCACCUCUCAACCUGGAUUAUCAGCAGAGCAGACGAGCAGACCAUUUAUUAGCUGCAGGGAAAUACGAAGAGGCUCUUUCUUGUCACAAGAAGGCUGCGACAUAUCUUUCUGAUGCUAUGAAGCUAUCAAGUUAUUUAUCACUGGAAUUACAAAGGGAUAGCCACAUGAAACAGUCCCUCCUCAUCCAGGAGAAGUGGAAAAGGGCAAAGUGUGAAGAACGAUCAAAAGCUCAGAACACAGACAAGGAUGUAGCUACCCAUCUUCAGUCAUCUCACAAACCCUCUGCUAAAGAUGCAGAGGGCCAGAGUCCCCUUCUUUCUCAGAAGUACAGCCCUUCUACAGAGAAACACCUCCCUGAAAUUCAGGGAGUCUUUGACAGAGAUCCAGACACACUACUAUUUUUAUUUCAGCAAAAGAGUGAGCCAACAGAGCCAUAUAUUGGAAGCAAAUCCCUGAAGGAUGAUAAAACAAUUAUCGAGGAGCAGGCAACCAAAAUUGCAGAUUUGAAGAGGCAUGUGGAGUUCCUUGUGGCUGAGAAUGAAAGAUUAAGGAAAGAAAAUAAACAACUAAAGGCUGAAAAAGCCAGACUUCUAAAAGAUCCAGUAGAUAAGGAGCUGGAUGUGGAUGCUGAUUUUGUAGAAAAGUCAGAGUUAUGGAGCUUGCCUCCACAUUCAGACACUGCUAUAGCUUCUUCAACCUGGCAGAAAUUUGCAGCAAAUACUGGGAAAGCCAAGRAUAUUCCAAUACCCAAUCUUCCUCCCUUGGAUUUUCCAUCUCCAGAACUUCCACUUAUGGAGCUAUCUGAGGAUUUUCUGAAAGGACUUAUUAAUAAUUAA